AUGGGUUGCUGUUCCUCCAAAUCGAUCCCCGUCGAAGACGACCGCCGACCACAAGUGACCCCAGCGCCCUCGGUGGCCUCGACGACCUCCCACCAUCCUAACCGACAAUCUAACAAUAACAGCAACAACAGCAGACACAGCCAGGCAGCAAGCAGCCACCACCACUCCAGGACGCAGAGUUCCAGCAUUGCUGGCCCUGUCGUCUGGGCUGGUGGUGCUGCAACGAGUCAACAACACAGCCGAAACAACACCGGAUCCAGCAGCCACCACCACCACCAACAACGACAACAGAAACAAACACGAAGCCAACGAGGCACCCACAGUACGACCUUCACCGAAAUGCUCGAACGAGCCGGCAUCCCCGACCCAGGACGCGACGUCCUCUACAUACCACCAUCACGGAACAUCUACGCGGAAUUGAGGAAUAAGGAGAUUGAAGAGGUUCACGCGAGAAACCAGGCAGAAUUCUGGUCGAAGCACAAGCAUUGGGGGAGCAAGUGA